CAUUCCUUUGUGACUCAUUGCAGAAGGGGAACAGCCUUCUCAAGCAGCCUAGAUGUGCCUCCGAUGGCUCCGAAGGGGCGCCGAGGAGUGCUAGUGACCACCUCCAAAGCGAAGAGAGCGAAAACUGAAGAAGAGAAUGAACGACUCCAAUCUCAGAAAGAGUGGGAAGACUUGGAGCAAGAAGCCAAGCAGAUUGUUCGCCUGCGGGUGGCUGCUGAAAAUGGAAGACAGUCGGCGGCUUACGACGAUGUGGCCGUGGCAGAUGCGGAGGUCAUUGACAAGGCACCCACAGGACCCACAGACUCUAGCCGCAUCACUGGUCCGGAGAAGAAGGAUGACAUAGACAAGUCAGACAGCGACAAUGAGAAGGAGGAACCGACAAGUCCUCAUGAGGAAGAGGGAACCACUGGCCAGCCUAAAGCCCGUGCUCGGAAGCGUGCUGGAAAGAAGAAGUCUGGAGCACAGAAAAAGCGCGAGAAGGUGGCGAGAGAAGAAGGAUUGGAUCCAAAGCGACAGAAGGAGGAGGAUGAUGAUCGAUGGUUGAAGCUGCGGCUAGCAGGAGAAGAAAAGCCUCGAAGGAUCGAUGCCAAUCGCAUAGUCUCGUACUACGACUUCGAUGGUCGUGGAAAUCCUAUUCGGAAGGUUCCUGGAGUAUCAUUUGACACGGCCGACGACGAGGAGGAUUUUAUCCCUGGAGAUCGCCUGGCGACGAACAACUCCGGUAACUUCCGAGCAAGCUUACGAGGGGAUCUUUGGGCAGAGGACAGCGAUGAGAGCUGAUGCGGCUCUAAUUCCAGUGGAGCCGAAGCACUGGUGUAUAUACAUCAUGUAUGUGAACAUGUACAGUUGCGCACACGUGUGCACCUCUGUGAAGCACGUCAGGGUUGCAGACAAUCUCCAUAAGGCACACGAAGAGCUUGCAGUCUGUGAAGACUGGCUGCUUGCUCCUGACCAGCUUUCGCUGUGGCAA